AUGCGCUUCUACCACAUUAUUCGAAAUCUACGCGCUCCCUUUCGCUCACAUUCACCCACCAAAUUCAACCCUCAUUCUUCUUCUUUUACAUCAUCUUCUUCCACCCACUCCAAACCAGAUGUCAAUUCUAUCCUCUCAAGCCUUCACCUCCAACAAAACUCUGAUUCAGAUGAAUAUUCUGAAGGGGUUUUUCAGCAGAUUUCUUCUGUUUUUUACGGUGGUCAGUCAGUCCAGGGAGCUUAUUCUGAAGAAACUGAUGCCACUAGUGAGUUUGAAAAAAUAAUGAAUAUAUCGCAGUUGCCAAACACACCCCAAAGCAAUAUAGCACUGCGAAGAGAAGAGGCUUCUCGUGAAAAGAAAAGAAAAUGCAUAUUCAAUAUUAAUCAAGAACAACGUUUCCGCCGCAUAAUUGAAAGCUGUGGGAAGAUACUAGGAACUGAGGCGACCCUUGAGUUGUUUGAUAAAGUUGAACGAAAACCAGGUGUGACAGGAUACAAUGCAUUGGUAAAAAUAUGCAUAGGUAAAGCUAGGGAAGCUGAGAAUGAAGACAUUGCAAUUGAAGAGAUGGGGAAGGUUUUUCACCUUUUUGAGUUAAUGAGGGAACAAGGUUUAGAGCUCGAAGAACAGACAUAUGAUCCACUUCUUAUGUAUACAAUUGACAUGAGUAUGGUCGAAGACUUUCUGUUUUUCUGUCAGGUUAUCAAAGAUGAGAAUCCUGGCUCAACUGCAAGACUGGGUUACUAUGAAAUGAUGAUGUGGUUAAAAGUUAAUGAUGAAGAAAAGAUUCAGGGUCUUUGUGAUUAUAUUGCAGAGAAUGAUGGCGAGGACACUUUUGAUUUACGAGAAAGUUAUUUAUUGGCUCUUUGUGAGAGUGAAAGGAAGGAAAAUAUUUUGGAGGUGUUGGAAAUCAUGGACAUAAAAAAGCUUUCAUCUGUUGACUCUGUAGCAAAGAUAUUUCAGGCAUUGGGAAGACUAUCAUUGGAACCUGUUGCGGAGAAGCUCUUUUUUGAUUACAAAACAAGUAAUCAUGAAGAAGAUAGUAUAACAAACUUCAUUGCUAGUUAUGCAAUCAGCAUUCCAAACUUACGGAUUGAGGAUGUCAUAAAAAAGUUCAAGGAUUUUCACGAAAAACUAGAAGUUUUACCUUCUUCCUCAUCAUAUAACAAGCUCAUUUUACAUGGCUGUGCAUUGCUCAAGGAGCACACUUGUUCUGAUGAGGAGUUCGAUCAAUUGCUUCUGCUACUUGAGAAACUAAACGGUACAACCUAUUGGAACGAUGCUUGCUGCAGAAUCAUAUUGUGUUGUAUUUGGAAUAAGCGUUUAAGGUCUGCUAUUGACUUGUGUAAGCUCCUCAAGGAUAAGUUGCAAACUGAUGAAUUGGUUAUGAAAGUUCUCUUUCAUAAGGUAUUUUCUCUAAUUGAAAAGUUGGAGUCGAAAUAUUCGCAAACUGCCCUGGAGUUGAUUUCAGAAAUGAAGGAUAAGCUUGGCCUUUUGCCUUCACAAAAAUGUUAUGAUUCUCUGCUUGCUGCAUGGUGCAAAGCUAAUGAAAAAUCUCAUAAUGCUGAAUGA